CCCACGACUGGAACACAGACGGAAUAACCAAAGUUGGCCAGCUACAACCAAAUGCAAUUGAACAAUCCCACAACAAAGCUUCUACUUUCCUUCUCUCUAUCACACCGUCUUCUUUCCCCUCCCUGCAUAUUUCAAUGUUUCAUCAAUCACUUUCCCAUCCUUGUUCACUUUCCUUCUCCUCAAUUCCAUCUCCUAAAUCUUCCUAUUUUUCUUCAACUUUCACUCUUCGAUGCGAGACCAAGGAUCACUCGCUUUCACUUUCCGAGAUGCCCAAGCCAGUGGAAUCGGCGAAGAAGAGUGGACCCUAUCCAGGUGGGUUGGGUCCAUUCACCGGGAGAGACCCCAAUGUAAAGAAGCCAGAAUGGUUGAGACAGAAAGCUCCUCAGGGUGAAAGGUUUUCUCAAAUUAAGGAAUCUAUCUCUCAGUUGAAGCUCAACACUGUUUGUGAAGAAGCACAGUGCCCCAAUAUAGGAGAGUGUUGGAAUGGAGGUGAUGAUGGUAUUGCAACAGCUACAAUCAUGGUUCUAGGCGAUACGUGCACUCGUGGAUGUAGAUUUUGUGCCGUGAAGACCAGCAGUAAUCCAGCACCUCCUGAUCCUAUGGAACCGGAAAACACUGCCAAGGCCAUUGCCAGUUGGGGUGUGGAUUAUAUUGUCAUAACAAGUGUGGACCGUGAUGAUAUACCUGAUGGAGGAAGUGGGCAUUUUGCACAAACUGUGAAAGCUAUGAAGAAUAUCAAACCUGAGAUCAUGGUUGAGUGUUUAACCUCCGAUUUUCGGGGUGAUCUAAAGGCUGUAGAAACUCUGGUUCAUUCAGGUUUAGAUGUCUUUGCUCACAACAUUGAGACAGUCAAGCGGCUCCAAAGACUUGUUAGAGAUCCCAGAGCUGGGUAUGAACAAAGCUUGGCAGUUCUAAACCAUGCAAAACAAAGCAAGGAGGGUAUGAUAACAAAAUCUUCGAUAAUGUUGGGCCUUGGAGAAUCUGAUGAUGAGGUGAAGAAAACAAUGAUGGAUUUAAGGGCCAUAAAUGUGGAUAUUCUGACUCUUGGUCAGUACUUGCAGCCUACUCCUUUGCACUUGACAGUUAAAGAGUAUGUUACGCCUGAGAAGUUUGACUUCUGGAAAGAAUAUGGGGAGUCUAUCGGUUUUCGUUAUGUAGCCAGUGGCCCACUGGUACGAUCUUCAUACCGAGCUGGGGAGCUGUUUGUACAGACAAUGGUAAGAGAAAAGACCAAGAAUGUAGAAGGCUCGUUAUUAUAACUCUUUGCUCUGUGAUUUUGAUUAUAUAGCCAGCGACAAGAGAUGAUGAAAUUUUUUGCUUGUGCAAUUACUACACAGAAAAAUGGUUAGCUAUACAAGUGUCUUCUAUUGCUUUGGAGUGAAGAUAUCGAGAUUUUUUUGUCAAUUAUAUGAAUGAAUUUGUUGCAGUGAGAAGUUCUAAUCAAUUCAUUAUCCCAGAUAUGAUUCUGAGAUAUUUAUAGUUAUUAUUUCAAUAUGAUAAUAGUGGGUAGGCUUAGUAAACUUGUAAACGAUUUAACAUUUUUGUCAUUGCAAUUCUCUUUAUAGCAAACAUAUAAAAUAUUAAGAAUAUUGUAGGUGUAAUUCACCCUCAAAACAACAGAGAGGAGAAAUCACAUCAGACAAAUAAGUGAAGUUCAGAUUCUUGAUGUGUUCCCUGCAUAAAACUUAAUUUUUGGGCUUGAAAUAUCAUGAUAAUAUCCCUAUGAUAUAUUUCAAGAUUCUCUAAAUUUGGUGUAGAGCAUUUUGUAGUUUGUUACUCCUUGUUUUUUUUGGUUGGACUAUUUCCUCUUUAUAAAAUUUCCAUCAAAAGCCACGAAAUCAAAGGAGGAAAUGGGGGUGUUUGAUAUCUGUGCUGUUACUUUUCUCCAUUCUAUCAUAGUUUGCAUAUCUGACAUUGUGCUUUUAUCCAACAAAAUUAUUUCAAUGGGGUUGCAGCACCUCCCCAAAGCUUCUUUUUUUAAUCAUCCUGUUGUCCCCUCUUUUGAGUUUUGCACUCAUCUUGUUGGCAUUACUCUCCAAUGAGCCUAUUUUCAGGUUUUUUUAAUCUGAAUUCUUUGUUUUGGUGUUUUUAUUGGUAUCAUUUCCUCGAUUUAAUUCAAGUUGAGCCGAUUGGGGCCCAUCUAUAUGCGGUGUAUACUCAACACCUUUUUUUUAUUUGACAAUACUUAAAUUCAAGACUUUAUUUAAACGGAACCAAACUCCUUUAACACUU